GAUCAAGAAUUUCAGAGCGUCGGCUCAAGCCAGGGAGGAGCCAGGGUGGGGCGCGGUGGUGAAACUUGCGACGAGUCCAUGGCAGCGACGAGUGAUGCCGAUAUGGUUCAUGGCUUCAUCAAGCUGCGCGAUCUGGAAAGCCUGCAGGCGUUCACACCACGCAGUUUUGACUGGACUCAGCCUCUGGGCAAGGACGGGCUAUUUGCACUCAUUUGCGUGUUGAACUACAACUUAGCUGCUUCUGAAGAUGUUGCUGCGAGAAGUCAAUGCCUCAAGAUUGCUGAGUGGCUCUUAAGGGUUGGAGCUGAUGCGAGACAGAAGCUUCCGGUUGAGAACACGUGUCGGUGGUCUCUGUGGAAGAAUUCCAAGAAUACCAUUACGGUUGAAUGUGGUGGGCAUUCCGCUGCUUCGAUUGCUUUUGCAUGGCUCGAGAUGCUCGAGGCUGCCAAUGAGGAUUGGUCAUUAACGAAGACGUAUCUGAAAGAUUUCCUUGCUCUGGUUGCACGUUUCAAUGCCUCCAGGGGUUCCGAGUGUGCAGAGGUUGCUGUGCCUCAGAGUACCUUAGUCCUGUGGGAGUCCAUGCGUGAUUUGACCACCUCGCACAAUGUGAUCUUCCAGAGUUCAGACGGAGAGGUGUCAGCACACGACCAGAUCCUGAUGUUAGCAUCACCAGUCUUGAAGGCCAUGCUCGCCUCUGAUAUGAAGGAGGGGUCCAGCCUGCGCAUUGAAAUCGAGGAUUCCUCAUCCUCAGGCGUGUCGCUCUUUCUAGAUCUGUUGUACACAAGCUCCACUCGCGAAGACCCCGACCAUAAGACCAUGCUUGUGGCUUUGGACUUGGCCCACCGCUGGCAAGUUCAUGGCGUGGUGCAGACCUUAUGCAAUGCGCUCCGUGACAUGAUCGAUGCCAGCAGCUUCGUGGACAUCGCAGAGGCUGCGUCGCUCAAAGGGCUGGAGAGGCUGGAGAGAGCUUGUGCACACUUCGGCUCCCAAGACGAGGAAGUCCAGGCGAUGCUCCAGAACGGCAGUCUCCCGGCAGCUGUUCGGAAGCUCUUGGGUGAGACUGCAUCUGCCGUCAGUGGGAAGCCGGACGCAAUGAAGAAGCGAAGGAUCUUCUGCUGA